UGGGGGAGAGAGAGAGAGGGGGAGGGGGAGAGGGAGAGAGCAGGGAAGUGAGGAUGGUGGGAAGCUGGUGAGAAAGAAGAGAGAGAUUGAAUUUGUGAGUGCGUUUAAUGCAAGGAAAUUUGUCGUUUAAGGCGAUGAAGAAAGAUGGAGCCUUUGCACCAAAUAAGCCGAUCCAAUUGAGAGUAAGUUUUUGAGUAGAGAGAGAGAGAGAGAGAGAGAGUUCUUGUGGGUUAAAGGAAGGAGAAGAAGAAGAAGAAGGCAUGCAGAAUUCAAAGCUUACAGCAAAACCCAUUUAUUAGUUUCCAAUUUCCUUCACCAUAUUUAAUCUCAAAGCAUUUCGACUGGUUGCACUUCUUGGUUGCUGAUGAGUCGGUGAUUUAAGUGAACCUUCAGAAAAUGCAGAAUUUGGAUAAGAAAAACUCUGGUUUUGGUUCUGCCCACCCAACAUUUCCAUUCGUUGUUGGAUCUUCAUCAUGGGAGAAUUCUACUGAGACACAUGUCCAACACUCAUCUUCCUCCAAUAGCUUAAUCUUGAACAUGGGCGUGUCACUACAUAAUUAUCAUAACAGCAAGCAAUCUCGAAUUAACUUUCAAGAUCAGGAUUCAUCCUCAACUCUGUCGACAGGUCAAUCUCUCUCUGAAGUUGAUAGUAUGAAAGAAGGCAACCCCUGUGGGCAAGGCAUAGUUUCAGCACAAUCAGGAUAUAAUGAAACACAAGGGAAGCCUGUUGGGGCCCACAUGAAAUCACUAUCACCAAUGGAAAAUCAGAGCUUUAUCUUCCCUUCACAAAUUGAUGUUAGCCGUUCAAUUGGUCAUAUUCCUUUCCACUAUGCUGAGCCAUACUUUGGAAGCUUACUGGCUACUGCUUGUGGGCCACAAGCUACGAUUCAUCAUCCUCAGGUGGUGGGGAUAACUCCUGGUAGGGUUCCCUUGCCUCUUGAUCUUACAGAAGAUGAACCUAUUUAUGUAAACGCGAAACAGUACCGUGCAAUUCUCCGGAGGAGGCAAUUUCGCGCUAAGCUUGAAGCUCAGAACAAACUCGUCAAAGUUCGUAAGCCGUAUCUUCAUGAAUCUCGGCAUGUUCAUGCAUUGAAGAGGGCUAGAGGAACUGGUGGGCGCUUUCUCAACGUGAAGAAGGUCCAGGAUUCCAAGCCAAAUACUACACACCUCAGAGUGAAUGCUUCAGGCGCUGCUCAGCUACAUUUGAUCGGAAAUAUGUCAGAAUCUGAAGUUCACGAACGUGACAACUAUAGAGAUGGUGCUUCCACUACCUCUUGCUCUGAAGUCACAAGCACUUCCAACGGUGAUGACGUAUUUCCACGGCAAGCUUUGAGGUUCUCUGCCUACCCCUCUCACAUUGGUGGGACCAUGCAAGUUCCUUUUGUUGAUGUGCGUGGCGGCGGGAACCAGCACCAUCAUUCCAUCCUCCGGUGAACAAUCAUCAUUGCAGUCUGUGUUCAGGGUUCUGUUGGAGAACACGGCUGCUACUGUUCCCUCGGGAAGUCAUCCUUGGCUCAGUUGAAGUUUCCUUUCAAAUUCCUUCGGCGUUGUUAAAGUUACCUUUCUAAUUCCUUUUGGAAAUCAUUCUCGGCUCUAAUUCCUUUGGGAAGUCAUCCUCGGCUCAGUUUCCUUUCCUGGUGUUCCUUUAUCGUCAUUGUUAACCCUUACAUCCUGCAGUUAACCUUAAUCCGUCUAUUUCGCAUUUAGUUUUCGGGCAAAUACAAAGCAUGCCGGAUGAAGUAUGAUUAGAUUGGUACACAUGGUUGGCGAAAAGAACAUAAUUCUCUUGUGUGUGAUGAAUAAUCUGCGUAUUUGUGCAGACAGCUGACCGUUGGCUUUGAAGAUCUUCUGCAUUUUAUGAAAAAUAAAGUGUGUGCAUUGACCUGUUGGUUUUAGAA